AUGAAUAUGGCCACUAAAUUUCUUGUGAUGGUCUUGUUCAUUGGAGUUGUUUCUUCCAAUGUAGGCGCAAGGCCGCUGGAUAAAGUUUCCAAUGAAUUGAUAGAUCACAAGCCCCUUGAGCUUCCUCCGCUAGUACCGAUACCGGAGCUUCCAAUACCGAUACUAUCUCCUCCGCCGCCGCCACUACCAGUACCAACUCCGCCGUCGCCAUUACCUGUCCCUGAAGUUGAAGCAGACAAUGGUGCUUCCUCCCAAGGAUUCGGCUCUGGAUUUGGCAGCAGCUCUGGGAGUGGAACCACCAUUCCUUGA